GUGGAAGGAGGUCUUCGUCCCCGUCCCCAGCGACGCAGGUCGUCACGUCAUGGGCUACUGCUUGGCCACGGUGUGCGGCGUCGCGGGCGCCAGCGUAUGGCAAUCGGCCGCACUUCGAGGUGCGGAAGCACCCUACUUCGUCACCAUGGACGCGCAGUGUGACGCCACCGAGUUGGCAUACCUCAGCUGGGUGCUCCAGGAUGGCGCGUGGUGCAAUGUUGCCAACGGGUGCGACGACCGCGGCGCCAUGACCUACGGGCGCGAUCCCAACUGGAAACGUUAUGGCCCCACCGAGCACGCGUCCAGGAUAGACUACGUCUUCGCCGACGAGAGCGCCAACUCCAUGGUCAUCAACUUCCAGAUCGUGCGGGACUUUAGCUGUCUUGGUCAGCUCGGCCUAGAGGUCACCCUCGACGUCGGCGCCUUCGCCGCCGGCAUCGCCGACAACUUUGCCGAGGACUUUCUGGUCACUGGGUGUGCUGGUCACGUUGAGCAGGUCGCUCGUGGGCGUGGCGCGCCCCCGAGGUUUGUUCAUGGCUUGGCGGCGCCGACAAAUUUACCGCGGCAUGGCGCGACGUCGGGGGUCGUGUUGCAGCUCGCGAAACUUUAUCGACGCCUGGUGGGGCUGAGUUACAGGGCCGAGCUUUGCGAUGCCAGUGGUGCCGGUGCGUACUCUGACAUUCAGCUCUUCCAUCAGCUGUGGGCCAAUGCUGCAAACAAGCUAGGGAACUUCAACCGGCGUGUGCUUCGCGGCCAGGCUGGUGGGCGCCAUUGUGCUGGCCUGCGGCAGGGCAGGCGCGAGAAGAUGCUGCGCGGGUUGAGUGGUCGCGUUGAGCAGUUGGUCCACUGCCUGGCGCUGGACCGCGAGAAGUACUUCGACCUGUUGGUGACGGACAUCUGCGUGCAACUCCAGAGGCAUACUG